GAAACACCUACAGCUAGAUCUUUGGGCAAAUUGCUCCAGGAACACCUACAGCUAGACCUUUAAAUCCAAUGGCUGUUGAUCCUGGAACACCUAGCAGAUCUGAACAAAUGGCUGUUGCCCCAGAAACACCCAUAUUACAGUUAGUGGCUACAACACCAUCUCUGGGGAGCCUCAAAAACUCUCACUUGGAUACAGUAAUACCAGCUCAGUCAUUUCAGAUUACAGAGAAGGGGCCAUCUUCAAGCAAGGGUCAAGGAUUCAACCCCACUUUGAUUACCGAGGAAGCAAAUUUAUUUGAUGAAGAUGACCAGGAACUGCAUGAAUUCUCUGCAAGAACCAGAACAGUGGCUGGGUACUUGCAUCGAAGUUUUCAAUAUCACAAGAAUAGAAGUGAGGAUGAAGCAGUGAAUUUGUCGCUGCUUUUGGAAGGAAAAACAAAGAAAGAAAGUGCAAGGCUUUUUUACGAGAUACUAGUGCUGAAAAGUAAAAGGUUUGUGGAUGUGAGACAGGGUGAUGCUUAUGGUGACAUUCUUGUCCGGAAAGUUCCUCAAUGGGACCAAAGUUAUGAAGCUUUGUGUCUGUAAAUCUGUAAAGUAUCUGAGUUUUUAAUGUACAGAGAGAAUUCUUGUAGAUGAGAGAUCCUUGACCAUGUUAGAUUAGUGAGUAAUAGGAUGUAGUUUUAGUUUCCAUUGCAAAUUUGGGUAAUGUAGUGGAAAUGUUUGACUGUUGACAAGAAGUUGUAAUCUUGUAGAUUAGUUUUAUAAUAAUUCCUGUAAACAUUAAAACUCCUUAGUU